UUUGGCCCCACCAACAACUCAAGAGCGUGCUCGAUGUUGCGGUGGGUCAGCGGCAACAGUCGGCGCACGCUGUUGCGGUGCUCGUGCGCUCGAAACUUUAGCUCGUCCCUUGAAGAAGUGACGCCGAAAACGUUGGGCAAGAUCUUGGCAUCGCAGUUGGAUCAAAUCCCCGUUGAGCAAACGCGCAACUUCAGCAUCGUGGCCCACAUCGACCACGGCAAAUCUGUCGGCACACUGCUGCAAUGAUACAUGGACUUAUUGGCGUGCGUGUAGACACUUGCCGAUCGGUUGCUCGAACUCAGUGGGAACAUUACGUCCAAAGAACGCGAGUCCGCCCAACACUUGGACAACCUUCAAGUCGAGCGGGAACGAGGCAUCACGGUCAAGGCUCAGACAGCAUCCAUGCUCUACGAAGAUAAGUCGUCGAAUACGCGGUAUCUAUUGAACCUUGUCGACACGCCAGGCCACGUCGACUUCAGCUACGAAGUGAGCCGGUCGUUAAGUGCAUGCGAAGGAGUGUUGCUGCUCGUGGACGCGUCCCAGGGCAUCCAGUCCCAAACAUUGGCGACGUACCACGCCGCAAAAGAAAAGGGAUUGCAGGUCGUCCCGGUCCUGACCAAGAUCGACAUGCCUCACGCCCAGCCGGAAGAGUGCAUGCUGAGUCUGUCUGCGCUGCUCGAUGUCGAUCCGGAAUCGGUACUCCUGACGUCGGCCAAGAGCGGGAUCGGCAUCACGGACGUGCUGCAAACAGUGGUGGACCGCUUGCCGCCGCCUGAGGCGAAUCGCAGUGCGCCGCUCAAGUGCCUCCUGGUCGACUCGUACUACGACGACUACCGAGGCAUUGUUUGUCUCGUCAAGGUGGUGGAUGGUCGGAUCUCUCCCGGUGACAAGAUUGUGAGUGCCGCGACCAAGACGAGCUACGACGUUCAAGAGACUGGGGUCCUCUUGCCCCAUCGAUCCCCGACGCCAGGACUCCAUGGUGGCCAAGUGGGCUACGUCAUUGCAGGCAUGAAGACGACGACGGAGGCCAAGAUCGGCGACACUUUUUUCCACCCGAGUAAACCCGUCGAGCCGCUGCCUGGCUUCCAGGAAGUGCGAAGCAUGGUGUUUGCGAGCAUGUACCCCACAGACGACUGCAACUUUGAUGACUUGCGCACGGCCAUGGGCAAACUAACGCUCAACGACGCGAGUGUGUCAACUCAAGUCGAAAACAGUGGCGCGCUUGGCAUGGGGUUCCGAUGUGGGUUCUUGGGCCUCCUUCACAUGGAGGUGUUUCACCAGCGGCUCGCGGACGAGCAGAACAUGCAAGUGCUAGUCACGGCUCCCAUGGUGCCGUACAAGAUUAUCGACGCCAAGGGAAAUGAAUCCAUUGUCGAGACGCCCGCCGACUUUCCCGAGUCGACCAAGUACUACCAAGUGGAAGAACCCAUGGUCGAAGCCUCGAUCCUGACGCCGUCCGACUAUGUCGGCGCCAUCCUCGUGCUCACAAACGACAAGCGCGGCGUCCAAACCAACAUGGUGUACCUCGAAGAUGGACGCGUCGCUCUGACUUUUCUCCUCCCGUGGCAAGAAGUCGUGACGGACUUUUACAACGAGCUCAAGACGAUCACGUCUGGUUACGCAUCGCUAAACUACCGCGAAGUGGAGCCCCAAAAGGCCGACAUCGUCAAAGUUGACGUUCUCAUCAAUGGCAAGGUCCUCGACGCGCUCUCCUUUGUGUGCCAUCGCUCAAAGGCCACCGCGGCCGGGCGAGCGCUUUGCCUCAAGCUCAAGAACGUGAUCGAUCGCCAACAAUAUGAGAUUUCGAUCCAGGCCACGCUGGGGGCCAAGGUGUUUGCCAAAGAGCGCAUUGCCCCAUUUCGAAAAGACGUGCUGAUCAAGUCGGGCAAAGCCGUGGGCGGUGGCGACAUCACGCGCAAACAAAAACUAUUGAAGAAGCAAAAGGAGGGGAAGAAGCGCAUGAAGACCGUCGGGAAUGUCCAGCUGUCCCAGAGCGCGUUCUGGUCUGUCAUGUCCAAGUAAUGGAUGCGCUUUCAAGUGUUUAUGGCUUGUCGUGCGUUUGAGCGUCAUCCAAGAUCCACUGGAGACCUUUGCCAACGUCGGCUACGACCGCGUCUGCUGGGUGCUCGACGUGGUUCCCCACCCCUUGGAACAUGCCCGUCUUGGUGAGCACAGACUUCCACACGUCCCCCGCGGCCUUUGCACCCUGCACAACAUCGGAUUCGUCAAAUUGUUGCAGCGCACACCAGCAAGACGUCUCUAGCAAGCUGAACAAGAUCGAUAGAGGUGGCACUGACCUUGAUAUCUGUGUACGGGUUGUCGCCCACCAUGUAGAUCGUAGCAAGCUCUUCCG